AUGAAGAAGUUUAUAAAGGAAAAACUGUUAAAUUCUCAUCAAGUUAAGAUUGUUUAGAGGAAAUCUAAUUUUCUUUUAUUCAAAAAAAGUUUGAAAUUAUUCAAGCUGAUGAUUCUGUUUUAGCUGCAAAUUUAAGACGUAUCAGAUUUGAUUGAUUUAAAAUAAAUAUCAUUAUUAGUAAUAUUAAAAUUUAUUAUUUAUAUCUUCUCUUUCUUCUUAAAUUCAUUCUCUUCUUUAACUAAAAUUUUUGAAAAAUACUUUAUUAAAUUCUAUACCAAUUUAUUUUAAAUUAAAUUAUUACUACAUAAUUUCUAGUGA